UUGUGUCGGUUCUGUUCACAUUUCCCAAACACAACUUGUCAUUCUAAUCAAACAUGCCUCCGAAUUCUUUCCAACGUUUGUCAAAAGCCGGCCUUGAUAAAUUACAAGCCACUGCUGAGACGAUAUCGCCGCCCUAUCCCGAGAACCGAAUUGCUUACAGAGUCGAGCAGGUUAAGAAAGAGAUAUACGCCCUUGCAUGGAGCCUAGAUAGGAUCGGAGAGGCAGGCCGGCGAAUCUUACGCGACGAGAAACUUACUAUCACCGGACCCAACGAUGUCCGAUCCCUUUCCGAUCGAAUUUCGAAUUCCGAACUGGACGAUCUCGCGUUCUGGGAGGAUACACUCGAGAGUUUGGGGAACCACAAGGGAACAAUCCAGCUUGAAAGGGUGAAGGGAUGGGUCUACAAGACAAUGGUUGGCCUCUGGCGACAGGGGAAAGAUGGGCGCAGUGCGCUGAGAAGAGCAGGAUUGUCACUUAGAGGUUGCGAGGUGCGUUGCCAAACGCAAGCCAUCCAACAUGAGCCCAGCGACCAGUUGAUGUUCUGGGAGGGCAAGCUCCAAUAUCUCGAGGACGAAUACGCGUCUUUGCACCGGCCGAUCCCAAAGUCAGCUCCGAUGCUCGAGUUCAUUUCCUCGGAUUCCGAAGUGGAAGAGGAUAAUGCCGAACAAGCUCUGGCCGAAGAAUACAUACGCAGCUGGCAUGGCCGGAGGAAGGACAUCGAGGUGUGGGCUGAAGCUACACCGACCGGAACAGAAGUGCUCCGAUCGCCCUGUGUCGACUCCAAACUGGGUGACACGCAAGCGGGGCCUAGAGAAUCCAGUGUCGCAAGGAACUCCUUGCUGCGACCGCCGAGAUGCACAAAAAGGAAACGGUCUGCAAGUACCGAAGAUGAAGACCGGGUCGUAAUUCUUAGUGGGAACAGAAGUAAACGACAGAUGUCAAGCGAACCGCGUGCCGACAGGAUAUCGGUGCUCUCGGACGUCUGCAAAGCGCAACCGGCAGUACAGCGUGUCGAAUUACCGAGCUCACGCAGGCCCAGACCAUCGCAUGCCCCGGUGCAAGAGGAGAAGCGGCGACUACGCGCGCCAUCGGCAGAUGUUACGACUAAGCCUGUUCCGCCCAGCGUGAAGCGCAGACGGAGGACCAGGCAUAAUAGAUCUAUGCAAGCCACGCCUGAACCCGCUCUGAGGAGGAGUUUGCGUCUAGCGGCUUUGAGGACUAGAAACACAAAAUGAUUGUAUGUUCGUAAUUAUAAAACGAGAGUUCGAUACCCGAAAAUGCCCACGAGAUACCGAAACAAAGUAACUCAAGACAAAAGAAAGUGCUGUUAAUGUGUAACGAGUUCGAGCAUACCAGCAGGCACAUGGGAGAGAGGGUAAAGAAUGACUUGAUCAGCUACAUUUCC